UUUUUGUGACCUCAACCCGGAAAUGAAGCAUUCAUAGAAGGAACAACUUCCGCUUCAGGUCACCUGUGUUUGUAACAGGUCUUCUGGUCUGUGUGCAGGCCAGCCGUUCCUCUUCUCAGAUGGAGAGAUGGAGCCCCGUCAUGGGAUCAUGAAGGCUUUCCCCAAAGUUAAAAGAGCCAAAGUGCUACAGGGACAGGAUGCCCCUCCGAUGAAGAAGAAACCUGACGAAAUAGAGGUUAAGGGGGGAAACCCUUUUAGCAGACUGACAGUGUACCUUCUGCCUGCUGGGAUUGGAAAUGCGAGGUGCCAGAUAUUCCAGAGACAAAUUCAGCAGAUGGGAGGACAGUUGGAGAGUUCAUUGUGUGCUGCUGUCACUCAUGUUGUGGUGGAUGACAGCAUGGAUGGAGACAGGGUUCUGCGAUUGCUGAAAGUGGAUGGCCUGCCCUCUGGUGUUCAUCUGGUGAAAUGCAGCUGGCUGAGCAUGUGCAUUAGUGAGCGGAAACUCCUGGAUAUGGAUGGAUACAGCCUUCAACUCCUGGAUAUGGAUGGAUACAGCCUUCUUUUACCCAAGAGGAGCUCAGAAUCAAAGCUGGAAAGUGUGAGUGAAAAACAAGCGGAUUUCAAAUCGAUUGCAGAAAACUUCCCAGAUCCAGAGACUCUUCAAACCAAGCAGGAGGAAGCUGCACUCACGCAGACAAUCCCAGACACUAAAGAGGAGGUGGGUGGGGAGGAAGACUGCGUCUCCCAGAGCGACCUUGUAGCUCUAAUCACUGGUCAGCACCCCGAAGAAGAGAGCCCAGGCGCAAGUGGAAACCCUGAUCCAGAGGCUGUCGUGGAGAAAACGGUCCCAGGGAAGUGGGUCUGUGCUCAGUCUUCCAAGUCUAAGACUAAUAACUUUAAUAAGCACAUCACAGACAAGCUGGAGUUACUGGCUAAGGCCUACACACAUCAGGGGGACAAGUGGAGGGCUUUGGGGUACUCCAAGGCUGUCAAUGCACUGAAAAGCUACCACAAGCCAGUGACUUCAUAUCAGGAAGCAUGCCAGAUCCCGGGAAUUGGAAAGCGCAUGGCCGACAAGAUCGAUGAAAUAAUGGAGAGCGGCCACUUGCGUAAGCUGGAUCACAUCGGGGAGGCCGUGCCAGUGUUGGAGCUUUUCACCAACAUUUGGGGGGCAGGAGCCAAGACUGCACAGCUGUGGUACCAACAGGGAUUUCGCACCCUGGAGGACAUCCGCACCAAAGCUCGCCUGAGCGCUACUCAGAAAAUUGGCCUGAAGCACUACAAUGACUUUCUAGAGCGAAUGCCCAGAGAGGAGGCAGCAGCUAUCGAAAAAGUGGUGAGGGAAGCUGUGAGAACCUUGGAUCCGGGACUCGUGGCCGUCGCCUGUGGUUCCUACCGUCGGGGAAAGGCGACUUGUGGAGACGUGGACGUACUCAUCACUCACCCUGAUGGCAAGUCCCACAGAGGCGUCUUCAGCAAAGUGUUACAAAUCCUCCAUGAUGAUGGGUUUUUGACAGACGAUUUGGUGAGCCACGAGGAGAAUGGAGAGCAGAAAAAAUACAUGGGUGUGUGCCGGUUGCCGGGCCACCGUCAUCGCAGGUUGGACAUCAUCAUAGUGCCUUACGACGAGUUUGCCUGCGCACUUCUGUAUUUCACCGGAUCCGCACACUUUAACCGCUCGAUGAGAGCCCUGGCAAAAACAAAAGGCAUGAGCUUGUCGGAGCAUUCCCUGAACAAAGACGUGGUCCGCCAGGGCACCUCUAAAGUCUGCGCUGGAAGUCCAGUUCCCACACAGACAGAGAAGGAUGUUUUUAGUCUUCUGGGGAUACCAUACAGAGAGCCGCAUGAAAGGGAUUGGUGAUUAUUCCAAGGGAAAAUACACCCCAAACUGUGAUCCUUCGCAAAUACUUUAUAUCAUGGCUUUCAAUUCUUUAAUAAUUUUACAGAAUAUUAGGAGGAGCUCAUUUAAACCUCAAAGUACACUUUCCAAAUUGGAAGUAAAACAAGGAAGUAUCAGAUGUUGCAGUUCCUCAAAAUACCACUUGAUGUUGGUCACGGACAGGAGUAAUUUCCCAUCGACUUCCAUGUUAAAAGGUCAGAUUUCACACCAAAAAUAAAAGCAUUCAGCAGUGUAUCGAAAA